AUGGGUCGCCUUCAAGAGUACGAGGUCAUCGGCCGCCACUUGCCCACCGAGGCCAACCCUACCCCCACCCUCUACCGCAUGACCAUCUUCGCCCCCAACACUGCGGUCGCCAAGUCCCGAUUCUGGUACUUCUUGCGAGGUCUCAAGAAGGUCAAGAAGGCUACCGGCGAGGUCGUCUCUAUUAAGGAGAUUCACGAGAAGCACCCCACCAAGGUCAAGAACUUCGGUAUCUGGAUCCGAUAUGACUCCCGCUCUGGCACCCACAACAUGUACAAGGAGUACCGUGAGAUGUCCAGGACGGAUGCCGUCGAGUCCCUCUACUCCGACAUGGCUGCCCGCCACCGUGCCCGUUUCCGAUCCAUCCACAUUCUCCGUGUCGUCGAGAUCGAGAAGACCGAGGACGUCAAGAGGCAAUACAUCAAGCAGCUCGUAACCAAGAACCUCAAGUUCCCUCUUCCUCACCGUGUUUCCAAGAUCAACAACAAGAAGCUCUUCAGCGCCAAGCGCCCCUCGACUUUCGCUUAA